CGAAGCGCGUCUCGCCCGGAGCGCGGGUCCGGCGGGCGGUGAGCGCGGGGCGUCGCCGGAGGAGAGCCCCAGUGGGCUGAAGGGGUCCGAGAACCAUCGCGGGUGUGCCCAGAAGCUGCAAGUUGGAGUUGGGUCUGAAAACGGAGAAUAACAGUGAGAAGACCCUGUUACCUUAGCCUCUUUCGAUAUAACUGGAGCUAAGGCUCCUCUUCUGGCUACUGCUCAAGGGCAGGAUCAAAACGCGCUGAUGUUUACCUUCUUAAAUCUACUGCUGUUUUGAUAGUGUUUGUGUGUUCAGUAUGUACGUACCUUGUGACGGUUUAUUUUCCUCGAAGGCGACAACUCGUGAGCCAGCUCGGAUAUGCCGAACUGCUGGAAAAAACAGCCAGCGGCUUAUUUAGCGGAUAAACGCAGACCCGGGGUUCAAGUUUUUACCCUGAAGAUUAACAGUUAUUUUCAAUAAUUUUUCAGUUGUCCUACUAAACGUAUUGACUCGGGGUAAUAAAGGGAAACGUGCAGCUGAGUUACGCAGGAGGAUCAGCUGAACGAGAAGUUGGCAUUACUUAAGUCUGCAAUAGCUCUCUCAAGUAUUUACUGUUCUUUUCAGAACCCUAAUCAGGUGCAGUGAAGCAGUGGUUCUCCCUGCCCUGUGCAAGGGCUGUUUGGAGGGGAAGAGGUGAUGACUUUAUUUGUGUGGAGGUACUCCAGCUGAAGUGUUUGUGACUGGUUUGAAGAAUGUUUCCAGUCACACAGACCCAUGUGGCCAGCUGGAGAUUUGAAGCAGCUCAAAUUGAGCCCAGUAUUGUCUGUGCUCCAAUAAUUUGUGCAGGUGCAGAGCAUGGAGAAUGAUGAACUUCCGCCAGAGGAUGGGCUGGAUUGGUGUGGGGCUGUACUUGUUAGCAAGUGCUGCGGCUUUUUAUUACGUCUUUGAAAUCAAUGAGACUUACAACAAACUAGCACUGGAGCACAUUCAGCAACACCCCAAGGAACCACAGGAAGGAACCACGUGGACACACUCCUUGAAAGUACGACUGCUAUCCUUGCCGUUUUGGCUGUGGACGAUAAUAUUUUUAAUACCAUACUUACAGAUGUUCUUGUUCCUCUAUUCCUGUACAAGAGCUGACCCCAAAACUGUUGGGUAUUGCAUCAUUCCUAUCUGCUUGGCUGUUAUUUGCAAUCGUCACCAAACAUUUGUGAAGGCCUCUAAUCAGAUCAGUAGAUUACAACUAAUUGACACUUAGCUCAACUUCUAGUUUCUGUUGCUGAUUUGAAGCAAUUGCAUAUGCUUGAUCUAAUCACAAGACUGAAGUUCUGAGUGAAGGCCGGAAAGAGCCUUUUCUUUCAAAGUGAUAAGCAAUGAAGAGAGAGACUGUUUUCUAUUUAAAACAAACAAGUAACUACAAAGAUUUUUAAUUAUGGAUCUAUCGAGUGGCCAGAGUGGGAGAGACCUGUGUGACAUGUGAUGGAAGUAUUCCUCAUUUUGCCUUAAAGAUGCAAAAUUGCAACUCUCCAUCUGAAAUGUCCUGUGGGGAAACAAGUUUCUGGUCCACAACUUUACUCCUCUGUGCAAAAAAGUGAUUUCCUAUGUUUUCCCUUGGAGUGAAAUCAAUGAAAAGAUACUUCUUUUGUGGUAAAUGUAAAAGGAAAAAAGAAAUUAGGAACAUGAUUAUAAAAGCUGCACUUAACACAA